AUGGUUCAGAAGUGUGUCCCAAAGGGUGAGGAAGGUGAAGACGGGAGAAGCCGUGGUGGCGAUGAUGAUGAGGGGAAGUCCAUUUGGGCCGAUGACACUACUGUGGCUCCAUCGGUGACGUAUUCUAGGAACAGCGGCUCUCUCGUGGGUGGUAACAGUACAGAAAUUAUGUUGAAUGCGGGGCGUAGUAAUGCGUUGCCCAGUGCAUCGAGGCUGGCGGAGUCGCAACUGUCGCAGUGGAAUUACAAUAAUAACAGGACGAUUUUGGAUAGGGCAAUCUUACAGAUGUCCGCUUUAUUGAAUGAGCUGGAUACUGAGAAUGCACAGAGACCCAUCAACAUUGCAAACGAGGACUCACAGCUGUAUGUACUUGGGCUGAACAUAAAGAUGGACGGUAAUUACUCGAGGAAUACGGAGGAUCAAGAGGACAAAAAUAUGGGGUUGGACAAAGAAUCUCUUGCCAAAGUGUUCCACAAGAAGGUGAUCAACGCUGUGGACCACUUACGGUCCCUACAGAAGCGUGUUGACGAUACGUCGUCCAAAGUUUUCAUCACCGGAGAUGUCAACACGGGGAAAUCCUCCUUUUGUAACUCUCUUUUGCAAAGGAAUCUCUUGCCAGAGGAUCAGUUGCCCUGUACAAACGUGUUUUGCGAGGUAUUAGAGGCGCGUGAAAAUAAUGAUGUCGAGGAGGUCCAUGCGAUUCUUAUGGCCCCCGGGAGCAACGUGAGAGACUGUGCGUUGAAGUACGAUAUUAGGAAUAAGACCACAUACGACACAGAACCUCUAGAGAAGUUGCCCGAAUUGGUGUUCCAGAACAAGAAGUACUCGUUGCUCAAAGUAUACAUCAGAGAUGACAAAAUGGAACCGGAGAAAAGUCUGUUACGGAACGGCACAGUUGACAUCUCUUUGAUCGAUUCUCCAGGGCUCAACAUGGACUCCAUUCAGACAACAGAGGUAAUGGCUAGGCAAGAGGAAAUCGAUCUGGUGAUCUUUGUCGUCAAUGCAGAGAACCAACUGACUUUAUCGGCACAAGAUUUCAUAAAAGUGGCCUCCAAGGAGAAGAAGCUGAUGUUUUUUGUCGUUAAGAAGUUCGACAAAAUCAGGGACAAGAAUCGUUGUAAAGAGCUAAUACUGAAACAAAUACAAAAUCUGUCCCCGGAGACUUACAAAAACGCUCCCGAUUUUGUUCAUUUUUUGGGGAACAAUGAGAACUCGGUAGAACCGCAUGGCGGCGAUCCGGAUGGCGGCAACGGUGACCCAGCAGGCGACCCGGAUUUUGAUCAUCUGGGGGAAUCGCUUCGGAAUUUCAUACUGAAGCGUAGGUCGAUGUCCAAACUACUACCUGCCAAGACUUACCUUUCUAAGCUACUGAGGGAUCUGGAGACCAUCUCGCAGUCGAACGUUACGAUUUUCCAAAGUGAGGAGACACAAGUCAACGCGAAACUAGCUGAAUUAUCAGCGGAUGCCUCCAGGUCAAGAAUUCACUACGAUACCUUCAUCUCAGGUAUCGACAAACUUGUUGAGACUACGACGCAAACGACGUAUGAGUUCACCAAGGAGAGCAUAGCAAACUCGCUGGACAUCUCCGCGACGGAUUGCCCCAGGUACCAAGGUCUUUCUCAGAUCUACGAUUUCAUUGUUCUGACGGAGCAGUACAUCAGGGAGCAGAUCGAACGCAGCAUUUUAUCGAGUGAGACUUUUGCGCGGCAACAGACUAAGACUGCAGUCGAACAGAUAUACGCUAUGGGUCGAGAGGAACUGGACGACGAAUUCAUGAAUGAGCGUGUUUUCGACGCUUCGCUAAUGUACUCGCGGAAUUACCAUCUAUUGGCAAAGAAACUUACCGUGGCUCUCGGGUUCUCCGAUCUGUAUGCGCCGACAUGGGACGGGUUCUUCCAUUACAUCGGGUGGGGGGUGAUCAACCCAGUCAGACUGUUAACCGCUGGCUCCCUAUCCCGGUCCUCGGACAAGGACAGUAACACACUAGAGGUAGCAAAACCUGCCAGCAACGAUAGUAUUGUAUCCAUACUGGGACUCGGCGAGUAUCCGCUAACGAAGUACUGGACGCAACCGUCUCUGCUGUUAACUUCGAAGCUCCCCGCUUUGGCGAUUUACUCCCUAGGUGGGGUAAGGCUUGUGAGCACCAUGGUCCUUAAUGGACUGACGACUUUCUCAGUACGCACGCUGGCGCGUGUAUCCGGGUCCGUGCUCCUACUAGGAUCCCUCCUCGGGGUGUCAUACCUAAUCUACGACCUGCCCAGGGCGCUGCCCUUGAACUUGACGGCAAAGUACAGACACCGACUGCAACAACUGGACUACACCCACAAGAACGCGUCACGGAUCUCCAAGGAGUCCGAGGAAGUGUUGCGCACCCCGACGAGAGAGAUUGUCAAGACCUGCGAGCUGCUCUUGAGCCGCAAACUCGCGACGAAGACGGACCUCGAGACGCAGCGCGACACUAACAGACUGUCUAUGGCGUUCUUCAAGAAACUGCUCGACAGAACCGCCGUCCAGCGCAACAUCAUUGACUCGCUGAACCUCGAGGUCGACUGA